ACACAAGAACUGUGAGUUCGGAAACUGUUCAUGAACAAAAGGAAGUAAUUUAAACACAUGUACUGUUCUAAUAGUCAUUAACUUAUCCAGCGUAAUGGCAGCUCGAAGAUCACCGGUUUUGUGUUUAAUAUUUGUUUGUGUGAUCGUCACGUACCUUGGUAAAGUAAGGUGCAAUGAACCGCAUUGCUCCAAGUUUGAUUUUGAGGAGAAGGUUUUGGAAAAACUCGUUCUAAUGGAGUUUAAAGCGGAAGAGCAAGAAAAGACAAUAAGAAAAGAACUAGGGGAUAUGAAAAGUGAACUUAAGAGCUAUCGAGAUGAUUGGCAGAAACUUAAACAAGAAAAUGAUGACCUGAAAACCAUCCUAAAAAGUGUCGUCCGGUCCAGGUUAGAUGAGAUUGCUUCGUAUAAAGACUCGCUUGUGACCCCGACUGUUAUGUUUAAAGCUCGAAAAAUGAAGGACCUGUCAUUGGACAAAGGACAAACUAUGAUUUUCAAGGACGUCAUGUUUAACAAUGGUAGCGGGUAUGAUAAUACCACAGGAGUAUUCACCUGUCCAAUAGAGGGCGUGUAUUUAUUCACUAUUCACCUGUGUUCCAAAAGCGAGCGCUACAUCACAUAUGACGUCAUGGUUGACGGGACAAUACACACCAAGGGUGCAAAUAAGGAUAACACAGGCAAUGUUUGUACCUCUGCCGAUGCUAUCGUUGAAGUACAUGAGGCGAGCAGAGUUUGGGUUCAAUCGAACUACGACGAAGAUGAAUUAUAUGAUGAUGUAUAUCGGUGGAGCUCUUUUUCGGGUGUUUUGAUGCAUAGUUAAUGUGUGAACGUGUCACAGCGACAUCAAACAACAAAAUUUAAAUUUAUGACGCAUUAUGAGUUUAACAAGUCAAAUAAUUUAUAUCAAUCGUAGGUUUUGACAGGAGCAGCCUCAUAUGAUGUGACAAAAUUUUAAUGUAAGACUUUCUUGCUUCUUGAUACUUAUACUAUUUUCCUUUUCUGAUUUGAAUAAGUUGUUAUUUGCGUGAAUGCUUUCAUAAUGACAUAGUAUGUUACUUGUAUUUGCACAUUACUUGACAGUUUGCU